GUCCCUCUUCAAGUCCAGAAUGUUCUAGACCACCCAUGACGGGCCUCAACUCAACUCCAAACCCCAUCUUUAACCCCGUCGCAACACCAUCUCUUCCACCUAGCUGCUACUUCUCAAUCUUGAAUAGAACAAAAUCUAAAAGCUAAAAUCAUACCACGAAGAAAAUUAAAAGAUGUUCGGAGUAGUUUUCCCAAACCGCAGCUUCCCCAUAGACAUCUCCACCUUCGCCCAAAUCGAUACCUUCCAUUGGGUUCUCGACAUGAACACUUUCGUCGGUGAGGCGUACGAUCAAAUUCGCGAGGUUUGCAUCUUCCUUCUCAACGGCUUUACCCUUCCCCCGGACAAGGCGCUCGCCGUCUACGUCCAGUCGCCGGGAUCACCGUUCGUCUUCUGCGGCGCUGUCACGCUAGCUCGCCCCUCCGCCGUGAUCUCGUUGCCGUGGCCGGAUCCCGGGAGCGGCGGCCAACUGCAAUUGACGGCGGCGGACGCGCAGCCUCUGUCGGCGAAGAUCGGUGUUUCGGUGGAGGACGCGGCGGCGCUGCCGUCGCUGGACGUCGCCGGCGAGCAGCGGAUCGAGCGCGUGGCGUUGAAGGUAGGGGAGAAUCUAUUCAACUUCAUGCAGAGUUUUUGCGGUGUUGAUGGUUCGAAGCUUGUGGUGCCGAUGGAUAUUUUGGAUCGGUGGUUCAAGAAGUUUCAGGAGAGGGCCAAGCGUGACCCUGAGUACUUGAAGGGUUUCGCUUUAGGCAUAGACUGUUAAUUGCCGGAAGUUAUACAAGAAAAGCUAUGUCUGCGGCUAAAGAAAGGACACUUUGCUAUUAAUGUAGAGUUGAUGACAGGGGACUGUGGUCUAAGUCGAUGGGGGGUGGGUUUAGGAUCUGAAGUAUGACACAUUUUAUUGUUGAUGCUUGAUGCUGACAAAUCAUGUUCUAGCUUUUAGCUUGGGUUAAAGAAAAAGCAAUGUUGUUGGUUGUACUAGAUUCUGAAUUCCAUUUGAGUGGUAACAUUUAGUCUUCACUCUUCUCUUUAACUAAUUAUGGGAUUCCUCAUCAUGUUGGACGCUAGUCAAUGGCCAUUAUUUUUCCCGAAAUUAUCUUGAUUUGAUUUCUGAUAGUGAGUAGAUAAUAGGGUUUAAGAAUGGGCUGUAACAAGAAGCGAAUGUUGGGAUAGUUGCUUUUUUAGGAGGCAGACAGAAGAUGAAGUAAAAAGUAGAUUCUUUCAAUGUUUGGAAUCUUAAAAAUGUUACUAAGUUUUGCCCCAUUUAGAAGUUACAAGGAUGUUUAGAAUAUCUAUCUAGAGGGGAAACUAUAUUUUGUAUGUUAUUGAACCUUUGGCAAAUGGUUAGUUUCUGUAUUAGGCAUGCUUUUAAUACUUUUGCUGUCUCCUAUAUGAAUGGAAUCAUAAUAUGCAAUCUUUUAAGAUGAUCUCAUUAAUGGAUCUCUUCUGCACAUAUUUUAUGGGAUUAUGGAUAUUACUAAUAGAAUGUGUCAUGAUGCUUGGUAGUUAUAUAGAGCUCUAAUUGUAAUACUUGAAUUUGAUUGCAACAAAACAGAAGGACCUGUUUAAUGUAUAUACAGGCAGGUCAUGUCAGAACAUAAGAAUUAGUUAGUUAUGAUAGAAGUAGUAGUCAUUAGUUGGUUAGACGUGUUGGUCUCUGUCAGCUGUGUAUAAGAUUGGAAUCGUAUAGAGAAGCAUCAGAUGAAGAAUUUCAUUUGUUUAUUUACUCUCUUAAUAGUUUCUUUUCUCCUACUUAUGAUGAAUCCAUUAUGAGUGGCACCUAGUUCAAUUUGCCUUCAUAGUGCAAGACCCUAUCAUGCCUGCACUUGUUGUUAAGAGGUUUUCUUGAAUAUGUAUUUCGGCACCCUUUGCUGUGUUCCUAAUUAAAGUAAUCAUAGAUAAGUGACUGUCCUAUGAGGCUUCCAUUGUCAAUGUUCCCCAUCCAAGGAGUAAUUUCUACUUGAUGACAAGUUUCCUUAAUGUAACAUUUAGAAAUGACAAAUUGAAUAGUAGUAAGUGCCAUUUUUGAGGGAAAUGUGCCAUUGUGUGUGAUAAUAAAGGUUUUAUUGUUCUAUUUUUACCAUAGAUAUGUAUAUUAGGUAGCAUGAAGAACAGUUUUCUUGAUGCUAAUUUUAUCGUAUUACUAUCCUGUUCAUGUUGAAAUAAAAUUUUGACCAUUACUUUUUUCAAAAAUUGAAUCUCUAGUAAGGUGCAACAUACAUGAAUAACAUUAUAUUAACGUAGUAAUAAAUUCAAAUUUUAUCAUAUGUGAACAAGUUACAAAUGGAUUUGAUUCCUUUCUCUUUCUCUCAAACUGAAGGCCGAAAUGGUUGCUCUCCUUUUUGGUAUAAUAGUAGGCCUUCUAUUAUAGUGAUGGUGUAGGCUAGCAGGCCACGAGCUAGCCCAUUUAUGUCUUUCUGUUUUCCCUCCUAUUCUACCUUCCUAGUUCUGGGUCUCAAUUUUUAAUUUACUUGGGCCAACUGAAUGUGAGUUGUUGCAUUAAUUUAUUAUUAGGCACCCAUUUAUGCCUUUCUUUUUGUUAUUAUUAAUUUAUUAUUAGGCACCCAUAUGGACUUUAAUUUUUAUUCCCCU